AUGAAUCCAGCACUCAAUUCCGAUACACCCCCUCCUCCGCCUCCGAAACCAAGUAGUCAUGAAACAAGUCGAGGCGGUACACCUCAGAUCAAUCAGUCGCUACCAGGCACGCCACAGCAGCAAUUCCGAGGAAGCUAUCAUGCGCCAGAUGGAAGGAAUGAAGGGAGCAGGUUUCAAGCUUUGUCCGUGACCGAGGCCGGCGGUAUCAGCACGCUCAACAAUGUACCCCCAGCUCCAACAGUGGAAGAAGGCUGGUUGCCUGAUGUUGUGAAAGACAAAUCGACUGUGGAUUUACAAUUGAUCCUCAAGGAUCCCAAUCUUAUUUCCGCCCUAGCCAGCCAACACCCGUCAUGCAAGGCGCAACAACAAAACCUCCAAUCCCUCCUCAAAUACAAUCAGGAUCUUACGAACCAUCUUCUUGAGCUUCAAAAUCGGCUAGAAAAGGAACGCGCCUCGACUGAGACACUUCUAUUGAAACACCAAUCCCUUGAAGUCUCCUGGAGAAAGAAGCAGUCAGAGAUGGAUGCUGCAUUGGCACCGUGGUCGCCCAAGGCCCUGUAUCAACGGCUGUCAGCCUCGAUUUCCGAGCAGGAGGCUGUGUGUCAGGCAGUAGAAGAAAGUUUCCUCGAAGAAGAGCAUCACGGGCGAGCGACUGAAAAGGAGGCUGCCGACUGGAUUAGGCGCGUGAGGGCUGAAGCUGCCAAGCUGGCAGCGAGACGAGAAGCCAAAGCUAGGUGGGAUGAGGGAAGAGUCGGUGGUUGGAGGUGA